AUUGGUUGGCGGAGAGAGCGCGGGGUUUUAUGGGAAGGAAUUGGCUGGGCCCGGGGCUCUGUUUGUGGCCGCUGCUGCCUGCAGCUGAGGCGGACUGAGUUGGCGUUCGAGGUCAGCAGGGGUGGACGCCGGGGCCAGGCUGCGCCCGCCUCACACAGUGUGACUUUGGACAACAAAUGAUAUUUAUCAUUGCACCACGUGUCUACAAAUAAAAGAUGGGUGGAUUAUUUUCUAGAUGGAGAACAAAACCUUCAACUGUAGAAGUUCUAGAAAGUAUAGACAAGGAAAUUCAAGCAUUGGAAGAAUUUAGGGAAAAAAAUCAGCGAUUACAAAAAUUAUGGGUUGGAAGAUUAAUUCUUUAUUCCUCAAUUCUCUACCUGUUUACAUGCUUAAUUGUGUAUUUAUGGUAUCUUCCUGAUGAACUUACUGCAAGACUUGCCAUGACACUCCCAUUUUUUGCUUUUCCAUUGAUCAUCUGGAGCAUAAGAACAGUGCUUAUUUUCUUCUUUUCCAAGAGAACAGAAAGAAAUAAUGAAGCAUUGGAUGACUUAAAAUCCCAGAAGAAAAAAAUACUUGAAGAAGUCAUGGAAAAAGAAACUUACAAGACAGCUAAAUUAAUUCUUGAAAGAUUUGAUCCAGAUUCGAAGAAAGCAAAGGAGUUGGAGCCACCAUCUGCUGGAGCAGCUGUAACUCCAAGACCUGGACAAGAGAUUCGUCAGAGAACAGCUGCUCAAAGAAACCUUUCUCCAACACCAGCAAGCUCUAAUCAGCAAGCUCCUCAACAAGUUCUAGUAUCUCCUGGACCACCAAAAGACUCUUCAGCCCCCGGUGGACCACCAGAAAGAACUGUUACCCCAGGCCUUCCAUCAAACAUGUUACAAAGACGUCUUGGAUCCCCUGCUACUUCAGUGCCUGGAAUGGGUCUUCAUCCUCCAGGUCCACCCUUAGCAAGACCCAUUCUUCCCCGAGAACGAGGUGCACUGGAUAGAAUUGUUGAAUAUUUAGUUGGUGAUGGUCCACAGAACAGGUAUGCCCUUAUAUGUCAACAGUGUUUUUCUCAUAAUGGCAUGGCUUUGAAAGAAGAAUUUGAAUACAUUGCUUUUCGAUGUGCCUACUGUUUUUUCUUGAAUCCUGCGAGAAAAACCAGACCUCAGGCUCCAAGGCUUCCAGAGUUUAGUUUUGAGAAAAAGCAGGCAGUAGAAGAUUCAAGUUCAGUUGGUCUUUUGCCAUCAGAAAGUAUGCUUUCAUCAGAGAACCAGUUCAGUGAAGAAUCUUUAGAUGACCAAGAUGUUCUUGAUAAUAGUACAGAGCAGACAGAUGACAAAAUAUCACCUACAGAGCAGACACACCAACUGAUUGAAAAAGCAUCUGGCUCAGAGGAACUAGAGGAAAAACAAGAAGAGACUACAAAUGAGGAAACCUCAGGAACUGAAGUCAAAUCGGCAGUUCCCACAGUGGAUUCUACUUGUGAUCUUGAACUAGGUGGAGAAUCUUCGAUGACAAAGUAGUAAAUCUUUCCACGUGCCUUCAACUGGAUAUUUGUUGUCUUGUUAAUGUCAGUUUUUACUUUUUGAUGGUACUUUAAAAAACAAGUAUUUUUUCGGCUCUUCUAAGUAUAUGCUUUAUAUCAUUUAAAUUCAGAUCAAUUUCAGUAUGUCAAAGUUAUAUAUACUGGAUGCUAAAAUUAUAAGCAAGUGGUAUCAGUGAAGUAAAAUCCGUUUGAACAUACAAAGACGAACACUAUUUAGACAGCUUUCAGAUAUUUUAUGUCCACUCUAAAAGUCAAAACAACAAAAAAGCAUUCUUGUUUUCUGUGCAUAUUAUCUAUAAAUAAUACUAUUUUGGCAUAGGAAGGACUUUGGUUAGGAAUAAUUUCUCUAAUAGUGUUUAGGAAUAAAAAUGCAAUACUUUGUUAUUAAAAACAAAGUUUUAACUGGAGAUAUUUGCCAGUGAGGAAUAAAUUUCUACUUAGGUGUUUACAUUAAAUGAAAGUUGUAACUGUAACUACUAGACGUUGGUACAAACUUGCAAUAAGAAUGCAGUUGAACAGUCAAGUGCAGUGUUUCUUUUGAUGUUUUUUAUUUUGCAGCUGGGCCAAAGGCACAUGAUGUAUAUAACUAGUUUAUGUUUACAUAUUAACGUAUAGGAAAUAUAUGUGCACUUGACUGUACUUGAAUUCUUAGUAUUAUUUAUACUUGUUACAUAAUGAUGAUCCAUGAGUGAAUUUUGUGUUCUGUGUGUAUUUUAUCAAGGAAAUAAAGAUAAUGUGGUAGCAGUUUAUUUUUGUUAUACAUCUAGACUUCAAAUAGUGUCUUGGUGUGGAUGACUUGGCUAGCUGAAAAAUCUUAGGAAGCGCUUCAUAGUAUGAUGAAUUUAUUUAGAGCAAAUUAUGCUUUUUAUUCAGUAGCAGUACAAAUGAGAGGUAGGCUGUUUGUAGUAUUUUUUCUUUUUCUGUUUUUUUUUUUUUUUUUUUGCUCUUUUUGAGGCAAAGUCUCUCCAUGCAGUUCAGGUGCCCUUGAACUCAUUUUGUAGCCCAGACUAAUCUCUCAGACUAGUCUCAAACUUGUGAUGAUCCUCCUGCCUCAACCUCCUGACUACUGAGAUUACAGAUGUGCGCCACCACACCUGAUUGUAGUUUUUAAUUUUGAGGAGACAAAUAUGCUUUGUGAGACUAUGCAGUUAAUUGCUAGUAGUUCAUCGAAUUAAAUAAGUAUAUGUAGGAUCAAGAAGGAAAAAAAUGUUGCCCAGAAUGGUAAUUCUUAGAAUCUACCUACAGGAUGGUUAUCUUUUUAUUAUCUUCUCAAAUAUUAUAAAAAAAUCAAAUUAUGCCAAAGGGAAGACUAUAUAAGGAGAGUUUAGGCAAUAUUUUAGUGUACACAGUUUAUUAAAAGUUGAAUAAAACUUUUACUAUUUAAAAAUUCAUUUUUAUGACUUAAUAUCUCAUAUCUGAGGUAUAUUUCUAAAGAACCCAAUCUGUUAAUCUUGAGGUAACUAGUAGCUACAUUUUUAAACAGGUGAAACUGAACUUCAAUUUCAGUUUUGAAAUCUUGGACAAGUUACCUAGCCUUGCUGUACACUGUUUCCUCAUUAGUCAAAUGGAAAGAAUAAUACCUGUUUUUAGAAGUAUUGAGGUGAUCAAAAACUGGGCCCUUACUGACUGAUAAUGAAUGUUAACUAAAUAGCAUUUGUUAUUACUGACAUCCUUGUAAAAUAUGAAAGGGGCUAUAAAUCUUUCUUCAGGCAGAUAAGGAAAUUAAAAAAUAAUAUACACAUGCAGUUGAACUUCUCAGAAUGAAGCCACUUUCCUCUAUCAGCCUCACACCAUACAUAUAUGUAUAUAAAUGCAUAGAUUGAAAAAACAGGAAACUGACACUCUGGAAUAUAAUUAUUUUAAGAAGAAUUUCACCGGUUUGUGUGUGUGUGUGUGUUUAUGUGUUAUUGGCCCAUACACAUUUUAGCAGCACUUUGCAGUCUUGUUAUAACAUUCAAAUUCUGAAAUGCAUUGCUUGAAAAUGAAUACCUCAGAGAAACAUAAUUGACAGAACCAAUCAGAUAUUAUGAAAACUAUGUUUAAAGAAAUGUGGAAAAAGUUAAAAACAGACAGUACAAUUAAUGCACUGGAUAAUGUGCUUGUGAUUGUAUAGCAUCUUUCAUAAUAGAAAAAUUUAUUCUGAUACAAUUGUAAUAAAUAAUUAAUGGCUGAAAGAGUAGUAAUAUGUCCAGUUUUUGAUUAAGAAUAGUUUUAAUGAGGAAAACCGAACUAUUAAGUACCGAGGGGUACUGUUAAUUUUCCUGUGUGACUCAACAGGUCACCAUCUAAACUUUUCCUCUGUGCCCUGAGUGCAAUCUGCAAACAUCGUCUUUGCUGUCCCCUUUCCACUCCCAUCUUUGAACUGUAGACACGUGGGCCUCAUCCUUUUGAUUUUCUGGCCGUACUAGUUCUUUCCUGUUUGUGUAUUUUAGCUAAAAUUUUCUGUCCUCAGAAAGAUGCUCUCCUAAACUCCAUAUGUGACGCUGGCCUUUGCUUAUGGGUUCUAUCAUGUAACUCUAUUUCUCAUUGUCCUUACCACAGUUUUAAAUUGUUUCAUUUGUUUAUUCAUUUAUUGUCUUCACAGCAUGAAGCCUAUAAUGUAUAAGCAAGACUGUAAUAAUGUAACCAAGGGUCUGAUUUUUACAAUCUGUGUCUUAAGAGCCUUGUACAGUGCUUUGCUUAUUGUAUGAACAAGUAACUUUGUUGCUAAAUCCAAUGAAAAUUUUCAGUUCUUAUUUCAUUGCUUAGCAGUUUGGAUUUAUUGAGUGCUUCUUCUGAAAUGAGUUUUUGUUUUCUUUUUCUUUUCUGGCCUCUUGCUCUCAGUGUCCUUUGCAGACUUCUCCCCCGCACAACCGUUAAAUAGUGGUGCUCCCUAGGUUAUGCCUGUUGUUGCUUCUCAUACUGUAUACUGUUUUUCUAGGAACUCUCAACAGUGCCCGUGGAUUAAAUUGCUGUUGCUCUCUGAAUGUUAAAUCUCUGUCUUUGGUCUGUUUCCUUCACAGCUCUCUCAAUUGAUGUAUUAAACAAAAUGAACACAUAUUCUUCAAA